AUGUCUUUCCCGCCUCGGCCUCCGAUGGUGCCGUACGGGAUCGCUCCGGGAGUGGUCACCAUGCCCAUGGCCACACAUGUUAUGGUAGGGGCUUACAGCAGUGGAGCGGUGAGCACAGGUGCCGGACGCGGGGGACUGUUGCCCGCCCCUGCCAAGCAACCCCCUCGCUCUGCACCCAGACAGACUAAUGGCAAGGAACCCGAAGGGCCUGCUGUCACAGUUUUCAUUGGCAACAUCACAAGCCGCGCGCCGGACGCGAUGAUCCGCGCGCUGCUGGCGGCCUGCGGGCCGGUGCUGAGCUGGAAGCGCGUGUCCACGUUCGGCUUCUGCGAGUUCGCGGGGCCCGAGGCGGCGCUGCGCUGCGUGCGGCUGCUGCACGAGUUCCCGCUGGCCGACAAGAAGCUGCUGGCGCGCACCGACGGCAAGAUGCAGGGCCUGGUCGACUCCUACAAGACGGAGCAGCGGUCACGGCUGGCGGGCGAGGAGGGCGGCGGCGGGGGCGGGGGCGGGGGCGGCGGCGCGGGGGGCGGGGGCGGCGAGGCGGACGGCGGCUACCUGGACGCGGCGCAGCGCGCGCUCGACGAGGCGGCGCAGCGGCGGCUGGCGGACAUCGUGCGCGACCACCAGCACGAGAUCAACAACUACGAGCUGCUGCAGCAAGAGGAGGCGAUCUCGAAGACGGCGCGCGUGCUCGAGGAGGCCGACAUCUCGGAGGAGAAGCGCGACGUGAUCCACCGCGAGAUCGGCAAGUUUCGGGAGAGCAUGAAGGUAACCGGAGAGUCCGUGCGGGGCGGGGAGGGGGUGUGCAAUUUCAUAGAGCGGUCGCGCCAACCGAGACGCGGCGCCGUAGAACGCCCUCGCGUUAAUCGUUCCGUCGGACGGGCUAGUGCCGCGUCUGGGUGGGCGCGGCCGCCGCUCGCCGCGCGGGCAGAGGCGGGGAGCCGCCGAGGGCGCGUCGUUGUCGUGCCGCGGUCGUGCCGCGGUCGUGGCCGGCUCGUCCUCGGCGGGUCGCCGCCGGCCGCGCGCCGCAUCAGUAAGUGGCGGGGCGCGGCCGGCCGGGCGCGCGCCCCCGCGGGGGGCGCCCCUCGCGGGGGCGCGCGCGCCGGCGGGAGUGGGGCGGGGUGGGGCGGGGGGGAAAGGGGUGGGAGAGGGCGCCGGGAGCGGCCGGGCGCGGCGCCGAGCCGGAGCUGCGCGCGCCGCUUCGCCGCCGCCUCGAGUGAGAUCCGCAUUGCGCACUGUCCAUUGCAGCCCCGGGAGGGGAGCCCGACCGACGCCGGGUGCGUCGCCGCCGGUGCAUCGAACGUAUCUCGGUCACGUCACACAUUUUACGAGUCCACAUCCACCAGUGCCGAUGGCCCGCUGGGCCCGCCGUCGGUCGAGGCCCCCGGCCCGUCUGGCCCCGAGCGGCCUCGGCCCCGAGCUCUGUCCGAGCGAGGCCGUUCGCGGCGAGGGCGCUACAAAGUGGGUAGCGAGUGCAGGCCGAGUGUUGCGCAGGAGGAGGCCGACGUGGUGGUGCGCCGCAAACGGGACAACAAGGAGGAGCGCGAGCGAGACAGAGACAAGGAGCGCGACAGGGACCGCGAGCGCGAGCGGGACAGAGAGCGCGAGCGCGACAAGGACAGGCGCCGACAGAGCCCCGUCAGGAACAAGGAGCGAAGGGACGAGCGCGAGAAGGAGCGCGAGCGAGAGGAGAGGGAGCGGGAGCGCGAGAAGGAGAGGGAGAGAGAGAUACGCGAGCGAGAAAGGGAGCGCGAAUUACGAGAGAGGGAAAGAGAAAGAGAACGGGAACGCGAUAGAGAAAGGGAACGCGAAAGAGAGCGGGAAAGGGAGAGGGAGCGGUCGCGCGACCGAGAACGCGAAAGAGAGAGGGAGAGGGAGAGGUCACGCGGUCGCAGCAGGAGCGAAGCGGACGCGCGGAGAGAGAAGGAGAUGGAGGAGGAGGCGCGCGAGAAGAAGAGGCUGGAGAAGAAGGCGCGCGAGAAGGAGGCCGCCUACCAGGAGAGGUUGCGCAACUGGGAGACGCGCGAGCGGCGCAAGGCGAAGGAGUACGAGAAGGAGCACGAGCGCGAGCGGGCGCGCGAGGAGGAGCGCGAGCGCGAGGCGAAGCGGCUCAAGGAGUUCCUGGAGGACUACGAGGACGAGCGCGACGACCACAAGUACUACAAGGGCAAGGAGCUGGCGCGGCGGCUGGCGGCGCGCGUGCGCGAGGCGGAGGCCGACGCGCGCGAGCGGGCGCGCGAGGCGCACGAGCUGGACGCGCUGCGCCGCGAGCUGGCGGCCGGCGCCUCGCGCGCGCGCCGCCGCCGCCGCCUGGGCGCGCGCGCAGCGCGACCACCACGCCAUCCCGCCGGCUCGGAGUCGAGCGCGGGCGCCGCCGCGGCGCUCGAGUCGCCGGGCGGCUCGCUCACGCCGCCCGCGCCCGCCGGCUCGGCCAGCCCGCCGCCGAGCGCGCCGGCCGAGCCCAGCGAGCCGGACGGCGCCGCCACGCCCCCCCGCCGCCGCCACCGGCGCCGCCACCGCCGCCCCGAGACGCCGCCCCCCGCCGACACGCCGCCCAGACAUAGUGCGGCCGGCAGCACCCCACCUCGGCCACCUUCCCCUGACCGCAACGUGCGGCAACACCACGGCGGCGCCUUGUCGGGGGGCAGCUCGCCCAUCAGCAUCAGCUUCCGCACCAAAGCCAGCCCCACACCUUCAGCGGACACGCCCACGCAGGAGGGGCGCAUGCGGCGGGUGCACGCGGCGUUCGCGCGCGACGAGGACGAGCCCCCGGCCGAUAAGAGUCGCGGCCUCCCCGACAAGGACAAGGACAAAGACAAGGAUAAAGAUAAAGAUAAAGAAAAGGACAGUAAGUCGGCUGAGGAGAAGAGGAAACAUAUAAAGAGUCUCAUCGACAAGAUCCCCACGCAGAAGGAGCAACUGUUCCAGUACAAGCUGGACACCGCUCAGAUCGACAACACGCUGAUGGAGAAGAAGAUCCGACCGUGGAUCAACAAGAAGAUCAUCGAGUACAUCGGUGAGCCGGAGCCAACGCUGGUGGACUUCAUCUGCAGCAAGGUGCUGGCCGGCUCGGCGCCGCACGGCAUUCUGGACGACGUGCAGAUGGUGCUGGACGACGAGGCGGAGGUGUUCGUGGUGAAGAUGUGGCGCCUCCUCAUCUACGAGCUGGAGGCCAAGAGGGCCGGCCUGCACAAG